AUGGCCGUCGAUCCGUCGACGACCAAUUCGGCCCCACCUCCUCAGACUGCCCCUGCGCAGUCGGACCCCUCCGGGUCCACCCAACCUCUCCAAGCCCCCUACGCACCGUAUACGGUGCCCAGCAACUACCCAAGUGCGGGACCCUCCCACGCGCCAUUACAUCCAGCAGCGCAGGGCGGGUUCCCGCACACGUAUGUCUCCCCGUACGGCGCGCCGAUGCCGUUCGUCGCGCCAGGGCAACCGUCGGUGCCACAAGCCCCUCCGCACCAGUCAGUGCCGUACCACGCCCCGGUACAAGUCUCGUCUCACGCGCCCGCACACAGUGCUGCGCACGCGCCGCCCUUCCUGCCCCCCGGGAUGCCCCCGCUGAUGCCCAUUCCGGGUAUGACGUGGGCGGCAGUGCCCAACCACCACUUACUGGUGGUGCACACCGCGGGGUGCCCGCACUGCAUGGAGUUCGUGCGCCAUUAUCAGGCGGCAAUGGGGGACUCGACUUUCCGGGACGCGUUGACGUCCGUGCAGACUCAGCUGCAGACGCAGUUCUGGGCAUACUUUGAGGAGCAUGCGCGCUCCAGGGAGGGAGAAGGCCGCGCUGAGCACGCGCGACAGAUAGAAGAAUUGGAGUGGCAGCUCCAGGCUGCGUUGGCAGAGGCCAAUUCGCUUCGCGAACGCGCCAGGUUUGCCGACGAGUUGGAGCAACAGCUCCGGGCAGCACGAGAGGAGGCGACAACGCUCCGGCGCGACCGCGACAGGUAUCGGUCGGAACACGACCAGGCUCGAGAACAGAUGCGCGAGGACAGCCGACUGCGCGCGUGGGCGAGUCAGACACGGCCCAACCAAGCACGGCGAGUGCCUGCAGUACCCCCGGGGCACCCGGAUUUCCCGGAGUCACCACAGAGGGCGUACCCUGCGCGUCUGUCACGAUCAGCACGGGACGACAGUCCGCGUCGUCCGUCCGCUCAAGGAUCCGGACCAGUCAACACGGGGUCCUCGCAAAUGCGGGACGAACCCAUGCCUAUGGCUGGGCCCUCCUGGGCACCCGCGCCCGUGUCGUCGUCGUCGUCGUCGAGGCUGACCCUCGGGUCGUCCUGGGCAACCACGUCUGCGCCGUCAUCAAUGCCGAUGGCUGGUCCGUCACGGACCUCGCAGCCCUCAUCAGCAUCGGUGUUCAAUGCUGGUCCACCAAGGACCCCCCACCAAGCAUCCAGUGGGAUGCCGCCAGCCUCGUCCCCGGAGUCAUUAGGCUCCCCCAGUCGUCACCCCACCACUGGUCGAGGACCAGUGGUAGACUUCCAGGACUUCGAGGAGUUGUCCAGCGGAGAGGAAUAUGAGGCCGACCUCGUCGACGAGAACAGGCGAUUCGAGGCGAGCCGUUCGACCCCCCUCCUCGUCCUGCGAAUUACUCGCAUGACGGACGCAGCCCACGUCCACCAAUUGAAGGAUGGGCCUUACCACCUCCUUCCGGUCCCGCAGGACUCCAACCCCCGCGAAACCGAUCAUUGGUACAACUUCGUACCGGUCACUGUCGAUGACGCGCAGCGACUGCUGCAGGCCACUCAGCACGACAUGGGCCAGGCGCGUAGCCGCAUCAGCCAUCUGUUGCACCAGAUCUCCGAAAACUCGGCACUGCAGGGAGUACGGGGACUCCGCACGCUCGCAGAUGCGUGGAAGAAUCCGGAUAAGAAGCCGUACCUCCCCACCAUCAUGCACCCCGCGGCCUAUACGCCGCCGGGCAUGGAGUUCGCGGACACCUCGCACCUGCCGCCACCUCUGGGGCGACGCCCGGGCAUGCUGCCCUCGCAACCGCUCCACAAGGCCAUGCACCCGCUCCAGGACCUUAAUGGUCCACGCCGUGCUCAGCCGAGGACGAGUGACCCGCCCGAGCAUCACCGUGAUUGGUGGAGGUCGUACCAAGACCGCAUCCCGCCGUGGAUGGAACGGGACCAGGAUGGAGGUCCAACGCUGGAAGCCGCCCAGCUGUUCGUAUACUCGCGGCACCCGAUCGCGCGAGACCGCACGAACCAAGAGCGCGCGCGGUGGGUCGCCCUGACCCUGACCCUCUUUUCGGUGCCCGGCCUAUACCGGCACAUCCUGGCCCAGUGGCAACUGGACCCCACUGGUCCGUACGCCCACGCGUACUAUCCCGGCUCGCUGGGCGUCGACGACAUCACGGUCUUCCACGUCGCGCACUGGUACGCAGUGCAGGGCAUAACCCUCGCCCUCGCCGAUCGAAUGCAGCAAUCCGCGCAUCAUGCCAGGGCGCAGCUGGAGGGCAUGGACCAUAACUCCGCCGUCCUGCCAUUCGCGGGCAUCGUCUCCAUUGCAGGAGCAGGGCCCGUGCCCCCA